AUGGGAGAAACUAAACCAGAUUACUCUGUGGUGAUUGACCAGGAACCUGAUCAACAGCAGCAGCAGCAGCAGCAAAACACUGUUGUUGCACCUUCUGUUAUUAAGCUAUCUCCUGGUAUGAAGGCUGUUCUUCCUAUUGCAAGUUAUUGUGCUGCUUCUAUUCUUAUGACUGUUACAAAUAAGUAUGUCUUGAGUGGCUAUGAUUUCAAUAUGAACUUCUUACUAUUAACUAUUCAAAACUUGACUUGUGUUGUAUUAUUACAAUCCUUCAAAUUUCUCAACCUCAUCAAGUUUCGUGAUUUUGAUAGUGACGAAGCCCGCAAAUGGUCUCCUAUUGCAGCUGCACUUGUUGCUAUGAUUUAUACAGGCUCAAAGGCACUUCAGUAUCUUCGUAUCCCUAUCUAUACUAUCUUUAAGAAUUUGACUAUUAUUCUCAUUGCUUAUGGUGAAGUACUUUGGUUUGGUGGAAAUGUUACACAUCUCAUGUUGGUUUCUUUUGGCUUAAUGGUACUUUCAUCUGUGAUUGCUGGUUGGGCAGAUAUUAGUGAUACUGUGAGUCAAAUGGUUGAAUUUGAUACAGCCAUGUUGGGUUAUUUCUGGAUGGCCACCAACUGUCUUGCUUCAGCUGCUUUUGUUCUCUAUAUGCGUAAACGCAUUAAGCUCACCAACUUCAAGGACUUUGACACAGUGUACUACAACAAUUUGGUCUCAAUUCCUAUGUUGAUUAUUCCCAGCUUCAUCUUUGAAGACUGGAGUGCUGAAGGAUUAACCAAGAACUUCCCUGCUGAUGUACGUCAGCCCAUGUUGAUUGCCAUGAUCUUUUCUGGUGUCUCUGCCUUUGCCAUGUCUUAUGCUUCUGCUUGGUGUGUCCGUACUACUUCUUCUACUACUUAUUCAAUGGUAGGUGCUUUGAACAAAUUGCCUAUUGCUGCUUCUGGUAUUAUGUUCUUUGGUGAUCCUGCUACAUUUGGUAAUGUGUCUGCUAUUAUUGUUGGUUUUAUUGCUGGUUUAGUUUAUUCUGUUGCCAAGACUAUUGCCAACAAAUCACCAAAUAAGAACAAAGAUCUUAUUCCUAUGUCAUCCUCCAGCCAAAGCAAUGCUGAUGCAAGGAAAAGAGAAAAACCAAACCAGACACAUAGAUUUAGACUUUCAUCUACUUCUGGGAAUCUAGUUCCUCUACAGACAAUUAGACAGCGGUUGAUAGGCUUAUGGCAAUCUUUAACAUGGCCUGUGUUUAUCAAGGUGAUCAAGGCCAACAUUGCAGUAACAAUCGCCCUCGGCCUUUUACUGGUUGACCCAGUUCAAGAGCUUACAGGAAUUGGCGGCAUUUUGGCCAGUGUUGCUGUUGAAUUUGUGCACCCAACAAAAUCAUAUGGGUUUUUGGCAGAGGAUGUUCUUUUUGGCAGCGUUAUGUGUUCGCUUUCAGCUGCAUGGUCCAUCCUUGCCAUUUACUUGGCUUCGUUGGUAAGAGAUCCGUCGGACGAAACCAUGGCUCAAACAAAUGUAUUGGAACAAGCUAAUGUGGGUGCUAUGUUAGCUGGAACAAUCAUGGUGAUUGGAAUGACUUCAGCUGUACAACAAAAAGAAUUCUCAGCGCGUCCUGUUGACAGCACUACAAUCUAUGUUGAACAUUUAAUCAAAUUAUGCGAAACAUUCGAUGGAUUUACACAACGACAAGUGUCAGCCUUUUUAAGAGACAACAGUAGAAAACUCAGUAUUCCUUUUGAUCCAAUUGAAUCAGUAGCCUCUAUUAAUUUAGUGGUUGAUGAUCUUAUUACAGCGCUCGUACUCAGAAAACGAAUGGUACGAAGAGAACCCUCUUUCAACAUGCUGGCACCAACAGAUAUUAGUGAGAUCACUUCCUUGGUCAAGAAGAUUAGAACUCCACUGCAAGGCUUGGUUCUGAGUCGAGCCAUGGAAGAGAACAUGCGUAAAGCAGAAGAAGCGGUAUUUCAAGACAAUCAUACAACAGAAGUUGUCGAAGCUCAACCGACUGAACCAGCUACCAAUCUGUUCUAUAACUUUACAGAGAAAGAUUCUCCGACUUCCAUACCUUCCUCACAAAUUCAACGAUCGCGAAGUUAUUAUGGUGGCACAGAUGAUGAAGAUCAAGGCCAAGAUGUAGAUUAUUUUACAACGGACGAUGAUACCUCUGGAUCUUCAGCACCUCAAACACCCUCAGGCGUAAGCAGUUCAACUUCAUCUUUCUCUAAAGAUGAUACAAAUACAGCAGACAGUUCUUUGAAACAAUCAAGGCGACGUAAAGUCAUGUCUUAUUGGCGAGAGGACUAUGAUGACGUUUUGAAUAUUGUGAAGCCGGUUUAUCUCGAUCUCAGUGAAGCAUGUUCAAUUGCUAUUCAAGAGUCAGUCAAACGUCUUAGACACAUUCAAGGUCUUGAUCCACGCUAUCAAGAUCGACCGUUCUUCUACAAAUAUUAUUAUCGAUGGAAAGUAGGCGCUGCCAAAGAAAGAGAAGAAAGCAAAGCUUUUGCAUAUGAUAGAAAGGCGGAUCCCUCUGUUCCUUUAUUAAAAGCAAUUCGGCAAUUCCAAGAGCAUCGACUAACUGGCCUUAACCGGCUUUAUACCAAAUCGGGCGUGCCACGCCGUAUCUUGUUCUUAUUGCUUACAUUUCAAUUUAAUUUACAUACUUAUGCAGAACAACUUUAUACCUUGACAUCACAUAUAUAUGAGCUGGAUCAAAUCCGUACUAAACGCCGAUUAUGGUGGCCACAUAUUCCCUGGCACAAGUUUUUCCAAAGCCUUGAUGACAUUGACGAAGAAUUUGAUCUCAAUAAUCCUGCAGCCAUGAUGGGUGUCAAUAAUCCUAUAUCUUUACAACGCAAGCUUUCACGACGAGCCACUCUACUUUCUUCUAUGAUGAGCAAUGAUAUGCACCCUGUGGAUCUUGAAGCACAGCAAUCAAAGGGCGUUCUUUACAAACUAAAUACGCCUCAACGCGGGGAAGUGCAUUCACCAAGUGAGCAUCAUCAAAAUUGUCACAAAACACACCAGCUGAAAGAAUACGCCAAUCCUUGGAGACAAAAUACGCUUGACCCCUUGGAAUAUCAUGAUCCUGACGUCGCUUAUCCCACAACAUCAACACAACGCUUUUUUUAUUCUAUUUAUCUUUUCUUUUACAAUAAUAUAUACUCAGCUGAUGUUGCUUUUGCAUUUCGUGCAGCCAUUGUUGUAGCUUUGUUGUCUUUACCUGCUUUUCUAGAGAGCAGUGCUACCUGGUAUGAUACUGUUCGUGGUCAAUGGGCUGUUGUUGUUGCAUUGAUUUGGAUGGGUCCUUCGGUAGGCAGUAAUUUUUUUGGUACAAUGACACGUACUGCUGGCACAAUUAUUGGUGCUAUUCAAGCAAUCAUUAUAUGGGAAGCAGGUCGAGGAACUCCACAAGGAUUAAUUAUCUUGUCAUUCUUGUUUAAUCUGCCAUGGUGGCUGGUUUAUAUUCAUGGCAAGUUUUGGAAAGCAACAGGUCUCUUUGCUUUGGUUACAGUAACUAUUAUUAUUGGUUAUACACAUAGCUUUAAACCUAAUGGACAACCUGUUUCUAUAUUCAUUGUCACUUUAGAGAGGAUGGUUUCAGUCAUUGUUGGUGUCUUUGCAGCACUUGUCAUCAGCAUCUUUCCAUAUCCUCGCACAGGUCGCGUUAUACUUCGACGUCGCAUUUCGCAAACACUGAGUGAAAUUGGAUCACUUUAUUCUUCAUUUCUGUCUCUCUUAUUAAAAGAAACACCAGACAAUGAAGCCAUACUUGUAGAAAACCGUGAAUUGUUUAAUUCAGUCGCUAAUGCUAUUCGUCGACAAAUCCAGGGUGAGCGGGUCUUGUUAGAACAAAGCCGAUUUGAACCAGCAUUACGUGGUAUAUUUCCUGAAGCCAAGUAUCUGCACAUACUUCAGGUAUUAGAAAACAUCUUGAGUUUAAUUAUAGAGAUGGAAUUCUCCAUGGAGAAAAUCCCUUAUGAAUGGAGAAUGAUGAUUACUAGAGAGACAUGGAAAGAACGAAAGGAAAUGAUUUCUUCUUAUUUAAUUGCACUUCAUUUAGGCUCUUAUGCAUUGAUCAACAAAUCCCCUAUUCCACCUUAUGUAAUUAGACCUACAAAAGCAAGACGCAACUUGACAAACAAAGCACGCAAAUUACCUGCGCUUCAAUUUCAACAUCUUGGAGAGCGCGAGUAUACAUAUUUCAGUUCAUAUAUCAUGAACUCAGAACAAUUGUCUGUAGAGCUUGAGUUACUCAUUGCCACUAUCCGCGAUCUUGUUGGGCCUGAUAGUGUCAGUAUAUGGCUAAACUACAAGCAUUAA